AUGGCGUCAGCGACGCCUCUUUCUUUCCCGGGUCCCACAAAUGAUGACAUUGAGGCUGUCAUUCAAAUGGCCACAUCAUCUAGGCAAUCUCAGGAUUCCCGCCAGCUAGUCCCCCUACGAGAUACCCGCGCUCAGUUGUUCGUUGGAAAUCUCCCGUAUCGUGUCCGUUGGCAAGACCUCAAGGAUCUUUUUCGUCGCGCAGGCACUGUCUUGCGUGCUGAUGUAUCACUAGGGCCUGACAAUCGCUCACGAGGCUAUGGUACCGUCCUUCUGGCCACCGCAGAGGAUGCGGGAAGGGCAAUUGACAUGUUGAAUGGAUUUUGCUGGCAAACCAGGGUCCUGGAGGUGCGCCCCGACAGGCUUGGCGCAAGUGUCGAUGAAAUGGGCAGCAGCCUCGCAAUCCGAGGCGCAAAUGGGCACCCCUCAGGGUUCCCAUCUUCAGGCAAUCCACAUGAUGAAAUCACAUCUGGACAGGAUGUGCUUCCCUUCCAUAUCCAGUGGCAGGAUUUGAAGGACCUGUUUCGUGCAGCUGGUGCUGUUGCUCGAGCAGAUGUUACCGUUGGGCCCGAUGGGCGCUCCCGCGGGUUCGGAACAGUCAGCUUUGUCACAGAAGAUGGUGCUGAGCGAGCAUGUAGGAUGUUUGAUGGCGUGUCGCGGCACUACACACGAUUGGAACCCUUCGAUGCCUUCGUGUUCUGUUAA